AUGUUUUACUAUAUGACCAAUGGAUAUCUGUCCGACAUGAGGCAACUCUGAUUCCUAUGCAAGAAGAUCUGGCUAUCUGGCUAUCUGGCUUGUUGGGUAUUGAACUUAAAGCAGAGCAUUUAUUGGAAGAACUUGAUAAUGGGGUACUCCUGUGCAUUUUGAUUGGAGUCAUUCAAAACAUAGUUAAAAGCUCUUGUAACUCAAAUGAUUUAAAAAAUUUCCCUUUGAGAAAAGUCCCCUGUAAAAAAGAUGCUCCUUCAGGAUCUUUCUUUGCCAGAGAUAAUACAGCGAACUUUCUGAAUUGGUGUAGAUGCAUUGGAGUGGAUGAGACUUAUCUUUUUGAAUCUGAAGGCUUAGUGCUGCAUAAAGACCGAAGACAAGUGUACCUUUGCUUGCUGGAAAUUGGUCGCAUUGCAUCAAGACAUGGAGUUGAACCACCAGUAUUAGUAAAGCUAGAGAAAGAAAUUGAAUUGGAAGAAACUUUGUUGAUGUCUUCUGAUAGUGUAACCCCGAUAGUUUCCUACAAAUCAUGUUGCCAGCAUGGAGAAUUACAUGAAGCAGUUAAGCAUAUUGCUGAAGAUCCUCCUUGUAGCUGCUCUCAUAGAUUUUCAAUUGAGUAUUUGUCUGAAGGACGCUAUAGAUUGGGAGACAAAAUACUGUUCAUUCGAAUGUUACAUGGCAAACAUGUAAUGGUACGUGUUGGUGGAGGCUGGGAUACUCUUCAAGGUUUUCUUCUCAAGUAUGAUCCUUGCCGAAUGCUUCAGUUUGCAACGUUGGAACAAAAGAUUUUGUCAUUUCAAAAAGGUGCCUCUGGUGAUACAGUUUCUGAUUCAUCUGCUAGACCUCCACAGCCUCCACUCAUGAAUCCCAUAUCUGCCAUUGAUGCAUAUCAUAAACAGAGUUCAAAGCCACCUACUGUGGCUUCAAAAAAUCCUCGUGUAGGUAAUAGGAAACAGGCAGGAUGUAAGCUGUCCCAACCAACAGUUCUUUCUUCUUCAGAAGCAGUAAAGCAUUCCUCAUCUACAGACCAGUUGACACAAAGCCACCCCAAAUUAAAAGAUUCUUUAGCGAAUAACAUUCAGUCAUUUUCCAAAUCAUCAAAACCGGUUUCAAAAAAGCUAGCUCCACCUUCUCAAAACCUUACAUCUGUUUCAAAAUACAGACAAACUAUAAAUAAGUGCUCAUCAUCAGCUCAGGGGAGAACUGCUUCAACACCAUCAGCAUCUCUUCAGAAAUGUACUGUAUCAUCUAUCAAGCCUGCAUGUUCCCCAAAUUCUCCAGCUGUACAACAUCCUGCUCUAGGUUGUUCAACCAAUAAACUUUCAAAGUUGGCUACAAGGGUAGGCUCUCUAGAACAUCAUUCUCCUAAUAGUGCAGCUGGGCUCAGAAAUGUAGACAAAUGUACACCUCUUUCAAAAACCUCAGCAAAAUCUGUAAAAAUAAUGAACAGAAACUUAAAUGUGUCUAAGCCGUCUUGUCCUCAAACAUCUUCUACAAUGCCUACAAAAAUAAUUUCCCAAAAUAACAGUCAAACAUUACCCACACAGUUUUAUUCACACAGAGGGAAAUUGGAAAGUAAGCAAACCAAACAGAAAACUGGUCUUGGCCCCAAACAGCUGAGUUCUAAUUCCUCUCUUACAAAUGAUAAAGCAGCUGAGCAGACAUCUACAGUAGAUGUAAAGAGUAAAAAUUUAUUUUCACCUGUUAAUAAUUCUUCAGCCAAGAAGAGACCAGUUCAAAAUAGCAGGAUGAAAACACAGGUAACAACUGAUGUAACAACACAUUCUGAUCGUAUGCCAUUAUCUAUUGUGCGUUUUCCUCAAACAUCAACCAUAAAUGGGACAAAGAAAAAGACAUUAAAAGCUAACAUCAAAAGUCAGACACAGGUCAAAGUCUCCCAAAAGAAUGAUAAAGACGUUGAUUCAACCAUUAAGGAUCCUAUUAGGUUAAAGGAUUCCACAGUAAAGUCAAAACAGGAUGAUAAUUACUUUGUUGUGACUGGGAAUAAGAAACUCAGAAAGUAA